AUGACCUGGGCCAACAAGAUCGCCGUCGGCAUCAUCAACGCCAAGCUGUCGGCGUACCUCUAUUGGGAGGGCUUCGAGCUGAAGCAGCUGCAGUCCGACUCCCACCUCGUCGACACGCAGGACGGCAAGACCGCGAUGCCGUCGGCCAGCUUCUGGGCGUUUGCGAUGUGGUCGCGGCAUAUCCGCCCCGGCGCGCAAAGGCUGGCGACGUCCGGCGUGGUGGCGUCCGACGUGCUGACGGCCGCGGUGCAGAAUACGGACGGGUCGGUCGUGGUGGUGUUUACGAACAACGGCAGCGCCGCUAAGGCUGCGAGCGUGUCGCUCAAGGGGUUUACGCCCAAGGCUGCGAGCGCGUGGGUUACGGACAAUGAUCACAAAUUCGAUACGACGCAGGCUACCGUGUCAGGUUCGGGAGUGUCGGUCUCGGUCCCGUCCAAGGGUGUCGUCACUGUCAAGUUGACUUGA